CAAAAAUCAAAGAGGCGAGGAUAUGGACCUGGAGUGCAUCAUUGGACAAGGCAAUCCCAUUGUAUUAUUUUUUUACGCAAGACAUGAGGGGUCGAUAUGCACAAAAGAGGUGUGUGCAUUCCGUGAUAAUUAUUCUGUUUUUUCAAAGUAUGGCGCCAUUGUUAUUGGUGUUAGCGGAAACCAGGUAGAAUCCCAUUCAUCUUUUUUGAAGAGGCAUAGGAUUCAGUUUGAUAUUCUGGCUGACACGGACGGUCGAUUGCGACGAAUGUAUCAGGUACCUAGAACUAGGUUAGGCUUCGUCCCAGGCAGAGCUACCUUCGUUAUCGACAGUCGCGGCCAUAUCAGAGAUUAUUUCAGCUCGCUGAUGAAUUAUAGAGGCCACGUAGAGAAUGCUAUUCAGAUUCUAGAUGAUUUAUAUGAUGAGGGAUAUCUAAAAUAAAAAAUAGUGCUCAUGUUUACGCAUCUCCUCCAGGUUUCGGUUCUCCUCAUUAUCCACAUUAUCCAUGUGUAUUUUACUUUUUGAAUUUGUAUGGUACAUUAAUAAGCAUCGUAAAAGAUAUGACUGCUGAUGUUUAAGUUACAAAACUGUCUCUUAAGACUGUUGCUGUAGUUGUAACAUUUUGAUGG